AUGUCGGGUCGAAUCGAUAUUGCGCUUAUUGGUGUGGGCCUUGUGGGCUCCGCUGUGAUUAAGCAGUUGGCGUCCGUGCCUGCUCUGUCGUCGCUGAAAGUAGUGGCUUUGCAGAAUAGUCGUAAGACUCUCCUCGCCGCGCCUGGCCAAGCACUUGCACUAGAAAAUUGGCAGUCACAGCUUGAAAACAACGGAGUACCGGCACUGUCUCUCGAGCAGCUUGUAACCGAAUUGAAGAAUAUCCAGGCGAAGAACCAGCGCCAUAUUGCCGUCGUCGAUAACACCUCGAAUGACAGUGUGGCAUGCUUCUAUCCAUCAUUCCUCCAUGCUGGCUUCAGCGUCGUAACGCCAAACAAGAAAGCCUUCUCCGGCUCGCUUGAUCUGUUCUCGGCGAUCGAGGAAGCGAAGCAAGACGACAGCAAACCACUCGUUUACCAGGAAAGCACAGUCGGCGCUGGUCUGCCAAUUAUCGGCACUCUCAAGGACCUCGUCGCGACUGGCGACAAGAUCAAGAAAGUCGAAGGUGUGCUGAGUGGCACGAUGAGCUAUAUCUUUAAUGAAUUUAGCCCUGCGGCCGGUAGCACGACCAAGUUCUCGGAGAUCGUUUCCGUUGCGCGUCAAAACGGAUACACAGAACCGCAUCCAGGAGACGAUCUCUCAGGCUCCGACGUCGCCCGCAAGCUCACGAUUCUUUCGCGCCUAAUUCCUGGUCUUGCGUAUGAGCUUCCUCGGGGUUUCGCGUCCGUCAGCACGCAAUCGCUUACACCUGCUGGCCUGGCAGAUGAAGCGAACGCGGACGUGUAUGUACAGCGCCUCCCGGAGUUUGACGCCGAGUUCGAUGAGAUCCGUGCGAAGGCACAGGCAAAGCAUUGUGUACUACGCUAUGUCGGCCUCAUCGAUGUCGAAAAGAAGGUCAUCAAGGCCGGUCUCGAAGAGUACCCAGCUGACCACCCAUUCGCUACGUCGCUUGGCGGUUCUGACAACAUUAUCUCAUUCACAACGGAACGCUACCAGCGUCCUUUGCUUGUCCAAGGCGCAGGCGCAGGCGCUGAUGUCACUGCGAUGGGUGUCGUUGCCGACCUUGUGCGUGUGGCCGAACGCCGUGGAUAG